AUGGACGUUCAAAGUGUGGUAAAGCAGUACCGUGCCACCGAAGACAAUGAUUUGAAAUAUAUGGCACUUAAGGAGGAAUUAUCUCCGUUAGAUGUGUGUGAAAAUCUGCAAAACUAUGUGGAUCAACUGUUGAUUCCUAUCUUGAUGGAAGAAGCAAAUGCAGAAAUUGUCAAUUUGGUAUCUUUACAAGUUUUCCCAUAUGCGGUAGAAUUGUGUUUAAUCAACGAUAAAAGUGGUCCAUGGUUUGAUGAUAUUGUUGUGAAUCCACUGAUUGAAAAGAUGGUUAGUGCAAGAACUACGAUCGCCAUUCAGACUUUGAAAACGGUGUCUAGGAAAAUAUGCGAGCGCCGUAUACGUCUAGGGACCCGUCCCCAACUAAUUGAAGAAUUUCUGCAAAAAUGUGAUGAUACGGUUUUGAGCGUUGAAGCCCUGUAUUACUUGAUACAAUGUUACUACGAUAUGCACCGUGGAGUUCCACCCCCGAUUAUCGAUCAAAUUCUCAAACUAGCAAGAUCUGGUCCGCAAGAUGAUACUACUAGGCUAUUAAUACGUGAGAGUCUCAGUAGAGCCAAUUUGGAUGCAAUUUUACAAGUGAAAACCCAGCUGAAUUUACAAGAAUUGGAAUUUGCGUCUGAAUGCUGGUGGAGGUUUGCACCUAUAUUUAUUGACAUUUUCCAUUUACAAUUAUUACCGUCACUCUCGAAUCACGAAACCCGAGCUUCUGCACUGCGGACUUUGCUAAACUUUCAACCCUUUUACACAAUCAAACGGUUAGAUGAUGAUACUUUACUAGGUCGUAAUAACGAAAAACUUUUGAUCCAAUCGUUACAAGAAAUCGACCAAGAAUUGAGUCGGACGGCACCAGAAACUCCGGACAAGAACCACGAACAGGAAGCAGACUCUGAUAGUGAUUCUGACCCUGAGCAAACUGCAUAUUUGGCAGAACUACCGAGUGAUGAAGAGAUUGAAUUUGAAAAUGAAGUUGAAGGACCUGCAGAACCACUUCCUCGAGAGACAAAUAUCCGCAACAUAUGCCAAGAAAUACUAACCAAAUUAAAAGCUAAUUUUGAUUCAUCACCAUUAUCAUCUACCUACGAACCUUUACCAUCGAUUUUAAACAAACUGUUCAAAAGAGAAGAGGAAGACCUUUUGUCUCUGUCCCAAUUACAAGCGGCCUUAGAGACACUUUCACAACUAGCAUCGGUGAGACCAACGCCUAAUUUACCAUGGUCUCAAAUCUGCCAGGAUCUAGUUCUACCAAGAAUUGUUCUUGAUAAGACUUUUGUGCAAAAAUUGAAAGCCGGCAAUCUAACCCAGUCAAUUGACGAAGGUGCUACUCUAAGAGCAAGCGCUCAAAGCACUUUACAACAACUUUUACCUCUGAUCGAUUUUAAAACUAUUUGUAUUAUGCUCGAAUACGAAUUAAAAAACGGUAUACAGGACAAGGAUUCAGGUGUGAAGCAAUUGGCCGCCGAGCUGGUCCACUCUCUUUUAUCCACCCAUUACUCCGAGAUUAUUGGUCUACAAUGGCAGUGGUACGCCGCUCUCUUAAAAGAAGAAGAAGACCCUCGCGACUUAGCCGCUCAGGCGCUACGGACUAGUCUUAGGGAAGAUUACCCCGCUGUCGGCUAA